GAGAGGCAGGGAGAUAUAGCACCGGGUGAUAACACUGCACUCUCUCUUCAAAUGACAAGUGCUAAUUUCCCCCUAUACCGCUCACCGCGCGCAGCAUCUCGCGCUCAUAGACUUACUCUUCCAAAAGAACUCGUCUUCUCACUUGGUCUCCUGUUUCUUUUUUCUUUUUUAACCUAUUACUUACAUUAAUUUGUUCAAACAUGUACGAAAUGUGGAAUUUUGGCCAAAGGUGACCUGUCUGCAUGUCGAAAUUCUUCGGUGCAUCUUUUCGGGGUUGAUUGUUAUAGCCUACCCAGUUUGUUUUGCGAUGCUCUGCCUCUCAGCAAUUUAGAAAAGUGCGUGGUCAUUUUCAGCGCCGAAUCCACAGAUGCCGCCGACGAAUCACCUUGCCUUUCCGGUGUUCUUUUUCACUGCCUUUUGACUGUCCAGUGGAGUAAAUUCGAUGAUUUAUAUAAAGACAAAGUUUGACCGACACAAGUGGUCAGCAGGCACCUUUUGGUAAUCGGACAGUGGACGGGCUCGGUGCGUCCUUAUCAAAUUGAAGGAAAGAUAAUUGCCAAGUAAGAAUAAACAAGCAAAGUCCAAUAUAUUUGCAUCGUCUCGCCUUUGGUGGUGUAAUAGCAGGAUUUACAUCAUAUGUGGAGUAAUUUUAUGUGCGAAAUAUUGAAGGAUAUAGCCUUAGAAUGUUUGCAUUAAUGACAUUUGGAGUAAGGUUCAUCACUUGAGUGUAUUAGACACUAUAGACUUUUGUGGAAACCAUCUAAAUGUGAGGAAACCUGGAAAACGGACUUGUUGUUGAGAAAAUUUGGAUAAAACGGUCUAUUGCACGCAGUCCGAUGUCUGCUCUACGGCCGGGGAGCUGUCUAGGGCGUCAGGUGUGGAUCCUCCUGGCCAUGACCCACCUCAUCCUGGAUUUCUCCCUGUGUAGCCCCCUCAGUCAGGGCCUGGGCAUCAAGCUCAUCCCCAAACCUGUGCCUCGCCCCCGGCCCCACUCGGCGCCCCUCUGGGAUACUCCCAACAUCCUCCAUUGGAGGACUGUGAGCACUCUGGCGCACCGGCUCCUCAACCCCGUUCCACUGCCAGACAGCAGGGGAGGGCCAGUGCCAAAGGUCAGGGGUCAAAAGUACAGGAGACUGGUACACAAAGGACAGCCAUGUAAGGAGUGCCGGUUGAAAUACACAUCCACUGAGGCGGGGGAUUCGGCAGCAGCGGUAGCUCUUCUCAGGGGGAGCAAAACAGACGUGGUGAGGUUGUUACGGAGGGCUCGGAGACAGCUGAAAUGGGACGCCGACGACAAAUCUCAGGAUGGCAGGACCACGACGGUGGCCGGAUAUAUCGACUGGGGACCCACAGGGACGGAGGACAACUUUGACGAUGGUGAGGGGAAAACGGUGGCCAACUCCACGCUGUCCACCAAGGCCUUGACCACUACCAUGGCCACCACCACCACUACCACCACCACCAAGAGCCCCCAGAGGACAUUCGCGGUAGUGACCACCCCACACCCUAGGAGGCUGAGCACCACCAAGGCCAGCGUCAGUUUAGGGGAAACUGUCAAACCACCAAAGCCAUAUGGAGACACACCAGGUCUGGCAGUUCACCAGAUUAUUACAAUCACUGUGUCUCUCAUUAUGGUCAUCGCAGCCUUGAUAACUACACUUGUCCUUAAAAACUGCUGUGUACAGUCGGGGAAUGGCCGUCACAGUAGCCAUCAGCGGAAGAUCCACCAGCAGGAGGAGAGCUGUCAGAACCUGACCGACUUCACCCCUGCCCGCGUGCCCAAUAAAGUGGACAUCUUCACCGCCUACAACGACAGCCUGCAGUGCUCGCACGAGUGUGUGCGCACCGCUGUGCCCGUCUACACGGACGAGAUGAUCCAGCAGACCCCUAUAUACAAGACCACCUACAACGGAAAUAGACCUUCUCCCACUGAAAGGCAGCUGAUUCCUGUGGCCUUUGUGUCAGAGAAGUGGUUCGAGAUCUCUUGCUGACUAUCUGAAGCCUUUUUUACAUCACGUGGAUGGAACAAACUUCCUGAAUUUAUGCUCUGGAUCCUUUGGUAAACUUUUCCAACCAAGAGAAAGAAGCGACUCAAACGACACAGAUGAAGAUAUUUAUUUUUCUAUAAAUGAUGACAAACCGAGCAGCCAUACCGCUGCCACUCUAUACUAUUUUCCAGAGACCUGUGUUCAUUUAGAUAUCUAGUUAGAGUUAAUAUAAACUAUAUUACUGGAUGUGCCAGAGAAGACCAUCUACGUCAGCGUCACCUUGAAGGGGACUAGGUUUCUUGGAGAGCUAGGAGACUUGGAGGAUCUGCUCUCAGUGGAAAAAGCUGAGCUGUAUUACUGAACAAUGUGCCAAUUACGCCACUAUGUGCCAUAAUCUGUACAGAACAAUUCAUGGACAACUAAAGACAGUGCUAUAUUAACCCUGUAUCAAACAUAUUCUUUUUAAAGAUAAAUGAAGAAAAAAAUAUGUUUAAAAGUAUUUGAAUAUGUUUUCUGAAAUAGUCCAAAAAAUAUAUAUUAUAUGAAGCACUAUUCAUUGAGGGCAAGGGGAGAAAGAAGAAAAUGGUAAAUGCUUUAGUCAACACCUACAUUUAAUGCAUUGUUACUAUGUCCCAUUUUAAAACCAGAGUAGUCUGUCUAUUUUUAUAUAUGAAAAGAGGUCAGUCAGUCACAACCCAAACAGUGCAGUUCCAUGCCACAUGAUGUUUGGACAGCGGAACGCCAUUAACAGUCCAAUCAGAGAUCGAAUCCAAGCCCAGAUUAUUUUCCCUUUCGCUAUGUCCUUUUUGUCGGUUUUGGAUUGUGCUUACUACAUUAAAAAAGGGCUCUAUGGCUGUCGAACAUUGCA